GUCAUGUCUAGAAGUUGCAUUUUUCUAUUAUUAUUACUGAGCAUUUCUGUGCAAGCUGUUCCUAAAGUGAUUUACCUCACACAAUUCUCAUCGAUUGGAACAAUAACUGUUUCCGUUGAGAGCGGAGCCCAUGUCUACCUGGCAUCGAAUGACGAUAAUCAGUUGCUGAAAAAUAUUCAACUAACAUCAGGCGGCACCACAAUCACGUGCGACAGGCUAGGCGAUUCCAACGAUGAUGAAUCCCCAAAAUUUCUAACUACCUCGAGUUCCUUGGAACUUUCAACAAGUAACAAUGACUCGAUAACCUAUAUGUUAAGUGGAUAUAUCUAUAUAACUACAAAUCAGCAAGCUCGAGAUCCAACCUUCUCCGUGUACGUCCUCAAAACCACUCAAUCUAUCAGCAAAAUUGGAAUGAUGUCGACUGUGGUAGUUUUGAAUACUCGCUUGAAUCAAGUAUCGAUUGAUAAUGAUGCACCAAGAAUGACGUCAUAUGUGACAAAUAUCAAUCAUUCCCCGAAUACAAAUCUCUACUUCCAAUGGGGUAUUCCUGAUUUUGAUUGGAAUGAUGUGACGAAUAAUACACACACAUUUUUCAUGAAUCCAGUAUUUUCUCAAAAUGGCCUUAAUGUAUUUUUCCCCAACAUUGAGCCUCUUCAAAUAAAACUCGACUACUGGUACAUCACUUCGAUGGGUCCUUUUAAUAUGGAUCUAGAGAACAGAUAUGUUAGUGAUCACAAAUAUACAACAACUUCAGUCAACACAACUGGCCUUAUUGUUAGUGGAGAGAAUAAGCCCUAUGAUGAGCAUGUUGUCAACUUUCAAACUGAUAAUAGUAGAGAAGGAAUUAGUGGGACCUAUGUUUCCGCAUUUAUCUCAAACGAUCUUCUGAUUUCGAUGACCGGCGUUUCUAAUUUUAUAAAUCGAUCCAGCGAGACUCAAAACCUAGGGUGGGCCUUAGCUGCGCCCACCAGGCUGACUAUAAAUUCAACAAGUCCUGUUCCGGGCACUUUUUACUGUCAAUACUUUGCAUUCACUGGCGAACUUCUACCAACUACCACCGCUGGACCGACAACUGUGACACAAACUACGCCAUCUACAGUUGGACAGGUGACAUCCACUGCACCUGUUAUCACAACAACAAAGGGAGCAUUUACUGGAUUUGGAGCAAUGGAAUUGUUGAUUUUGUUAUUUUCAGUAUUUUUGUAUCGAUUAUUUUGAAUGAUAUUUAUUCACCAUGUGUAAAACUUUAAAUCAAUU